ACUUAGCAUCUCGGAGCCGAACUACAAAAAGUGGAGUCGACUCUUUCGCCUCUUCGUUUCAAUCUCAUGGGAUACCUUGACGGCACUAUCGUCGCCAAAUCGGUCGAUGAUGCCGAGUGGUACCAAUUUGAUGCCCUACUCCAAGGAUGGAUCUUGUCUACCAUCUCUGAUGAGGUCUCCGAUCUCGACCUUGCCAACAGCCCCACAGCUUCUGCUUUCUGGAAGGCCAUCUACAAAUUAUUCCAUGACAACAAGCAUGCCCGGGCGAUGCAAUUGGAGCAUCGAUUCCGUACAACCGUCAAAAGAACCAAGAAAAUCAAUGAAUAUUGUCACACUCUCAAAAACCUAGCCGACUACCUUGACGACGUGGAUGCUCUGGUGACCGAGCACGCCCUUGUCUUACAAGUACGAUCGGCCCUCCUUUUGGUCGAACAACAGCAGGCCGACGCUCUCCCCAACGCCGGCUCGUCCACCGCUCUUCUCAGUUUUAGCGGCGGCGGCGGCAGUCACACGGCGGGCGGGGGUCAGUCGCGGCAGGGCAGCAACGGGCAGAACUCCGGGCGCGGCAACUUCAGCGGAUCCAAUCGGGGCAACUCUGGUGGCUAUCGAGGGCGCGACCGUGGACGUGGACGUAGCAGCCCGAAUCAACGACAACCCGGCGGCCCAAAUACCUACCAGUUCUCCACCCCCUCACCCGGCCUACUAGGCCCACGUCCCUACUCCCCCUACCCGGCCCAGGCCCAUGUGGCCCACUACCCGAACCCAACCCAUUACCCAGCCCCGGCCCAAGCCCAGUACCCGCCCACCCAGGUUUACCUCUAUUUCUCUUGACUGAGGCCUUAAAAACAGCCGUUCAUAUACUCAAUAGGGUUCCUUUUAAAGCUGUCCCUAAAACUCCUUAUGAACUCUGGACAGGAAGGAAACCGAGUCUAAGAUAUAUGAAAGUGGAGUGUAUUAAAUAUUAACUCCUUCUCCACUUUGUCAACUCCACACUCUCAAUCCCUCUUCACACUCUCUCUCUGUCGGUCAGUCACAAAGGAGGAGGAGAAAGGAUUCCAUCUCCAUUGUUGAGCCAAGAAGAAGAAGAAGGAGCAAGGAGAAACAUCAAAGUUUCUAAAAUCCUGAGUGAAAAACGCAGCAGCAACUUCUUCAUUCAUUCAAGCAAAGAAAAGAGGAAGAACUUCAACUCCAUUGGUGAAACAAGAAGAAGAAAUCAUCAUAGUUUCUUCAAAAUCCUGGCAGGAGCAAACCGUCACCUUGUGAGCCAUUUUCAUAUAUCUUAACGUCAUUAUUUCAGUCUGAUUUCUGAACAAAAGUUGUAGCCUCGUGUCUCGCGAAUCCAACGCAUCAAACGGUUUGCGAUUUCGUUGCGAAACGAAGGAGAUAUGGU